CCCAGCAAUGCAUCAAGCAUCUCCGACAAUCUCUUCCUUUUAAAGAUGAAGACAUCAGGUAUCGCACUGUACGUUGUUCUCGUACUAGCUGUAGCCGAGCCACUUUUUUUCGCAGCAGAAGGAUGUGUUAUUAGUGAACUGCAACCUUGCGCAUCUGCCAUCGUGUCCGGUACUCCACCUUCUGUAGAGUGCUGCACUAAUUUAAAGCAACAGCAGCCUUGCUUUUGCCAGUACCUCAAAGACCCAAGCUUAGGAGGGUAUGUUAAAUCUCCCAACGCCAAGAAGGUUGCUCGUGCUUGUGGAGUGUCCAUUCCCACUAAUUGUUAACUAUCUAUGCUUAUGCCAAGAGAGUACU